CCAACAUACAGAAUGUUGACUAACUGAAGGUUAAUGAGGUUCGUCUCUCCAUCAUGAAACAGAAUAAUCCAAGGUUUAUACUCCGCAACCACAUUCUACAGACUGCCAUAGAACAUGCAGAGAAAGGAGAUUUCUCUGAGGUCCGUCAUCUGUACCAGAUGCUGCAGACACCCUACUAGCAUGUGGGAGGAGUGGGGUCUCCUGGACCAGUGGUUGAGGCCAGGGAGGAUGGAGGGACUGUGGCUUCUCGUGAUAGGGGAGGGAGAGGAGAGGGUGGGGAGGAGGCGGGAGCUGUGGGGUGUGUGGCAGUGGGUCAGAGGUCAGUCAAUACACAGCAAGCCACCAGAAUGGGCUCUGACUCUGUGCGUCACCUGAUCCUCCUAGUAGCCAGAGAACCAGGUGAUGUUGGGGUUCUCUGGCAGUGCUAUAAUAAUUAUGCAGUCUGCAGUCAGGUGGACACAUGGUUCAAUACUUCACUGCAGUUGGAGCAGUGGUAGUGAUUAUGACGGGUCAGACCUAAACCACUUGUGGCGGAUGACCUAGAUGAAAUAACAUGCAUCUCCCCUGCAUGCUAUGCCAAAACUGACUUAUGCGCCUGCGCAAACGUGUAUUUACGCGAUGAUGUAAUCAGUAGAAGGGCGUGAAAACAAAGGGCGAAGACAGUAUCGUGUUCACUCUUCCUUUGGAGGCCAGUCCGUUACCGGUCAUCUGCGUUUGCAAGUUAGAGGUGUCACAAGAUACUGCCAGGCUCAGAGCCGGCCUCUCACUGCUACUGUGGCCAUCAGUUUGGACACUUCUCUGGACAAGUGGGAGAUGGCUGUGCUCACUACCUGGGAGAGGUGGUGGGUCCCGGAGGUCAAAGGUGGGAGCUGCAGCUAAAGGGAUCGGGGAAGACCCCCUACUCAAUGUUUGCUGAUGGCAGGAAGGUCCUCCGCUCCUCAAUCAGAGAAUUCCUCUGCUCUGAGGCCAUGCAUUAUCUUGGAAUUCCGACUACAAGAGCUGGUCCUGUAUCACAUCAGAUGACACUGUGACCAGAGACAUUCUCUACAGUGGCAACCCCAUCCAGGAGAGGUGUACUGUCAUCACCAGAAUUGCCCCCACCUUUAUCAGAUUUGGAUCGUUUGAGAUAUUCAAGACGAGGGAUAGGGAGACAGGUCGUGUGGGGCCAAGUGUGGGACGUGAGGACAUUCUCCACCAACUACUAGACUUUGUCACUCAGUCCUACUACCCUCAGGUUCAUAUCCAGCAGCCAGAGGACAGGAGAGCCAGGACUGCUCUCUUCUUCAGAGAUCUGUGUGUGAGGACUACCCACCUGGUGUCUGCCUGGCAGUGUGUCGGCUUCUGCCAUGGGUUAGUUUAGAUCUCCUUUCUUCCUUCAACUGACCUUUGGAUCUUCGAUUUAUAACUUUUUCACUUAUUAUAGUGUAAAGUGUGUUACAUUGACUCAGUAUGUCAGCUUGUUUGUAGCGAUUGACAAUUUGACAUGUACAGUGGAACCUCCGAACAAGGGACAGUUUGCUGAUGGCGAAGGUCCCCCGAGUGGGUGUCCGGUGGAAACCUGGGCAAGUUGGCCGAGGCUCUCUCUCCUUUCUCUCUGAAGAGGACACCUUCCCUCGCACUAAACAGCCUAUGAUUAUCAUCUGUUUUAAUAGCUACACUUCUCUUCCUCCAGGGUUAAUGAGGUUUCGUCUCUCCACCAUGAAACAGAAUAAUCCAAGGUUUAUACUCCGCAACCACAUUCUACAGACUGCCAUAGAACAUGCAGAGAAAAGGAGAUUUCUCUGAGGUCCGUCAUCUGUACCAGAUGCUGCAGACACCCUACCAGCAUGUAGGAGGAGUGGGGUCUCCUGGACCAGUGUUGAGGCCAGGGAGGAUGGAGGGACUGUGGCUUCAUCGUGAUAGGGGAGGGAGAGGAGAUGGAGGGGAGGGGCGGGAGCUGUGGGGGGUGUGGCAGUGGGGUCAGAUGUCAGUCAAUACUACAGCA